UUGCAAAAGCGCUGACAGUGCAGUCAAAACAAUAUCUUGAGGAAGAAAAAUGUCUCUCCUUGAGAUCCUGUGCGUUUUAGUGAGUGGUGUUGUGUGUCUUUACUUCUACUUCAAAAGGAACCACAAGCAUUGGGUUAAGCGAGGAAUUCCCGGUCCCAAAGCUGCCUUCAUUGUGGGAAAUCUCCCAUCGAUCUUCACACAGAAGAGAAGUCCCGUGUACGACAUGGAGGAAAUAUACUACAAAUGGAAGAAAGAGGCUAAUUUGGCGGGAUUCUUCAACAUGAUGCAGCCUCAAAUUCUCCUGCUGAAACCUGAACUUGUGAAAAUGGUCACUGUGAAGAAUUUCCAGAAUUUCCAUGACAAUGAUUUCGCUGAUAUGUUCAACAAAGACAGUGAUCCAGUGUUUACGAAGACGAUUUUCAUGCUCAAGGGAGCGGAAUGGAAGGAGAGAAGAGCAGAACUGGCUCCUGCCUUCACGGAUAACAGAGUACAACAAUUUGUCUGCUUCAAGUGUCCUUCAAUUGAUAUUCUUCCUUUGUGUCUAUUUCAGAUGAAAUCCAUGUUUCUUCUCAUAGAGGAAAUUUCCAAAAGACUUGUUCAGCAUUUGGACAAAGUUGUACAAUCGUCCGGAAGUCCCGUUGUAUUGGAAGCACGAACAUUAGUGACUAAAUUUUCCGUAGACGUUGUUGGAAAUUGCAUUUUCCGUGUUGAUGGAGGCGCUUUUAAGGACGAUAAUUCCGAAAUGAUGAAAAUAGGGGAAGAAUUGAUGAAUCCAAGUGGAUCUUUUCUCAUUUCUUUCUUGCUCAUACAAUUAUUUCCAGUACUCAAAGGCAUUCUUCGGCCUCGCCUCAUAAAGUCAGUCGUAGUGGAAUAUCUGAAGAAACUUAUCAGAGAAGUGACUCAGAAGCGUCAAGAAAAUCCCACAGACGGCAAGGAUUUCAUGUCUUUCAUGGAGCAUUUGCAAAUCAAUAAGGGAACACCACCAGCUCAGAUCCUUGGCCAUGUUUUCACAUUCUUCAUCGAUGGAUACGAGAUGAGCAGCAACGUUUUGGCACACACUCUCUACCAAUUGGCUAAGAAUCCGGAAGUUCAAGAUAAAUUACGAGAUGAGCUACAAAGCUUGGACUCUCUGGAGAGUCUUGCAACUCCGAACAGUAAUCAGUGCGAAUAUCUGCACAGAGUUUUACUUGAAAGUCUCAGAAUCAAUGCUCCAUUGCCGUACUUGACAAAGAGAUGCACCAAAGGCUGCAGUCUUCCUCUUCGCGAUGACGAAGAAGUCUUCAUUGAAACCAACACACCCGUCGUCAUUCCCAUCUAUAUAAUUCAAAGAGAUGCUGAACACUUCCCAAAUCCCGAAGCUUUCGAUCCCGAUCGUUUUGUCGAUGGAAACGCUAAGAAGUUUCAGAAUGCGGGCAUUUUCAUGCCAUUCGGUGAUGGACCGCGCAUUUGUAUGGGCAUGAAAUUUGCUAUGUUGCAGGUGAAAAUUGCUGUGGCUGUUAUUAUCAAGAACUACAGCUUGAAAGUGGAUCCUAAGACUAGAGAUCCUUUCUGUCUCAAUCCCAAAUUGUUCACAUCAACCCCUGAAGGUGGAUAUUGGUUGCAAUUUACUCCUCUCGAAAGUAAUUAAUUUCUUGCUAAAUUGAAUACUCUAGUGAUUAACACUUUUUCACAUGAACGACUCACAAUGAUUCACGAGAAUUUCUUUUUAAAAUCACAAUGUUGUCAUAUCGUCAGAUAUACAAUUGAAGAAGAGAUAAAAUCACGUCAAUUUUAGUCACUGAUUAAAUUGACAUAUUUCAGGGAUUCACUGUGAGAAUAAUUUGAUUAUCACAAGCUAAAAGUACAAAAUCAUCUUGAUACUCAAUUUUUUGUUAUAAAUUUUGUCACGAAAUAAAUAUUUCUCACAAAAUUGUCUUUUUAAUGAUGAUUACUUAUCGGAGAACUUACAAAGUCAACA